AUGAAGGUUCCACAAUCAUGUUCGUGGAACUGCAGGAAGAUUUUGCAGCUGAGGCCUCUUGCCAGGAAGCUUCUAAUUCAUCAAGUGAAGAAUGGUUAUAGCACCCACUUCUGGACUAAUUAUUGGCUCAAUGAUGGGCCGCUCACACAGAGGUUCUCGGAAAAUCAAAUCCAAGCAAUGGGAUAUAACUACAGCACAAAGGUCAGCCAAUUCACUGAUUCAAAUACUUGUAUUUUUCCCACCCAGCUCACAUCGGCCAUACCUGAACUUAUUGGCCUUCCCCCUCCUUCACAAUCCAAAGACCUAAUCUUAUGGAAAGCUGGACCAUCUGGUAUCUGUUCACUCAAGCAUACAAUUAUUGCCUUAUCACCACCCCCAGCCCCUAUACCACGGUUCAAACUAGUUUGGUCUUCAAUUGUCAUCCCUCGGCAAAGGAUGAUACUUUGGAGCAGUGCAGACAAAGCUUCCAACCCUUGA